UGUACCUCUUUAUCUUUCAUAAAUUCAAAGAAACAACGGCUUAGUGAGCUUUCCUUAACGCUGCUGUCUUAAGUGUCCUGUAUAUUUCAAUUUUCGUGGGAUUUUUAUCACUCUGGUUUGUUUCAGUCUUUACCUGAAUUGUAUAUUCCAAUCUUAGCUAUUCCAGUGACAGUGAUGAUGAGGAAUUUGCUGAAGAUUCUCUGACUACGUCUUUGACGUGAUGGCCCCCACGCGUAAGUUCACCCUGAGAUUCAGGAUAAAGAAUGUAAUAUGGAUAUUCAAAUGGAUAAUAUUAUUGUUCAUUAUCACCUACAUAGUUUGUUUACCUUUUCGAAAAUCAAAACAAAACAUCAGGGAAACAUCUUAUAAACUUGUCCAAGCUUACAUAAGAUCUGGAAUCAUCAAACCAUCAUCAAUAGUUCCUGUAACUUGUGAUAGUAAAGAUGUAUAUCUACUGAUUGUGGUGCCAAGUGCUGUAUCUAACUUUGAACAAAGAAAUGCCAUACGAAAUACAUGGGGAAACGUAUCCAAUGUACAUUCGACCGUUGUAGUAAAAUUUUUAUUAGGAAGAAGUCCAAACACUGCCCUUCAAAGCAUUGCAAUAACUGAAAGUGAAAUUUACAAUGAUAUUAUAUUUGACGAUAUUUUAGAAACUUACGAAAAUUUAACAAGGAAGUCAAUUGCUAUGUUGCGAUGGGCAUCGUUGCACUGUCAUGGUGUGCAAUAUCUUCUUAAAAUAGACGAUGAUAUGUUCCUGAAUCUUCCUAGACUCUUAGAUGAUCUUAAGAAACAUCAAAUAAAAAAUGCAAUAGGUGGGUGUAAGGUCACGGGGUCAUCUCCAUUUAGACAUCCGGUUUCAAAAUGGAGAGUUUCAAGGACGCAAUAUAAAGAAGAUUACUAUCCAGAUUAUAUAGCCGGAACUGCCUAUCUGAUGAGUGGUGAUAUUUUACAAAACCUUUUCCGUGCUACACAAAAGGUUCCGUAUUUUAUAUUUGAGGACGUGUAUAUAACUGGUUUGUGUAGACAAUAUAUUGGAGCAACAGCUAAUAAGUACGCGGGAUUCAGCUGUGGAUACCGUGAUCAAGGACCGUGUGGGAAGAACUUCAGGUACAAAAUUACCGGACACCAUUACGGUCCAUCAGAAAUUGAAAGAAUGUGGCUAGAAUUACAAGAUAGAUGGUCAAAUUGUCGAUUUGUAGACUAUGAUUUUAUUUAUAAAGUAGCUGAUUUAUUUGGAUAUAUAUUUCUAUAAAUCUAUACCUCCAUGAGGUAAAUGUGGUAGAAAAAGAUGGUGCACCUCUUGUUUGCUUAGGUGAGAUAAAUAAACAACAUAAAAUAACUAUGUGUGUUUAUUAUGCAUGUGAUUACUACAGUGCUUUGUUACUCUGUCCGGUUUAAUUAUUUGAAGAUCUCAAUUCUGUGAUAUUUGUGAAAGAAGAUAGUUAAUUAUUCGAAGAACAAUGCUUCUUAUAUAUAUCGAUGUGAUAAAGUAUUAUACAACACUGAAGUACUGCAUCUCUUUAAAUCCGAGUGAUUAUAUAUAUAAAUCUCUUUAUAUAUAUCAAGAUCUUCAUUGUUUUUGCCUAAAAAUACAGUUUUUAUAUUUUUUGGACUGAGUUUGACUUAAGUCUGAAUUUAUAUUAUGCUGCUGUGUACAUAUGAAAUAGAGUUGUGUACUUUUGACCAAGAAUGCUAUGUAUAGGCCGCUUUGAUGGAGUGUCAGUUGUAUCAGAGUUGUUUUUGUAAACUUCAUGAAUUUUUUAUUGCUUUCGAGUUUUAAGAACUUAUUUAGGCUUUAAAAUCGAAAAUGUAACUCUGUGAACUAUUUCUUAUUUCCCUUUGUAUGCAACUCUUUACUAAUUAAGAUAUAGAAUUAUUAGAUGAGUAAUUCAUCGUAUGGUUGUGUGUGUGUGUGUGUGUUUGUUUCUCUCUCUCUCUCUCUCU